AUGGCUCCCACCAAAAGAUCGAGGCACGAUGCUGAACAAGACGAAGAAACUACAGAUGUGCAGAGAGCGCGAUCAAAUUAUAGGGACGGAGAUUCUAGAAAACGCGCCAAGGUCACUCUUGAUGACGAAGGAACAAUAGAACGAACCCCUCAACGCGAGGAGACAUCAAGCGACGACAGCAAGGAUGACGACGACGACCGCCGACAACGCAACCUACCCCCUCAAACCCAGUACGAACUGAUGCGAGAUGACGGCUUCAAGCAUCUUGAGCACGCCGACUGGGAUGACCAACAAGCGACUCAGAAGUUGGCCCAGCGGGGUAACACUCUUGGAAACAACAUGGUAUCUGAAAGCGGUAUCAUUGAAAGCAUCACAUGCUUCAACUUCAUGUGCCACGAGCGACUGCACGUCGAUCUUGGUCCGCUCAUCAACUUUAUUGUAGGGGAGAAUGGAAGCGGGAAGAGUGCUGUCCUUACCGCCCUGACGCUCUGCCUGGGUGGUAAAGCUAGUGAUACCAAUCGAGGAGGAAGCCUCAAGUCCUUUGUGAAGGAGGGCACUGAACAAGGAAGCCUGGUCGUAAAGAUCAAGAACGCUGGUUCAGAUGCCUAUCAGCCGGAUAUUUACGGUGAAACUAUAAUUGUCGAACGGCAUUUCUCUAAAUCCGGUAGUAGUGGAUUCAAGAUCAAGAGCACCAAUGGUCGAAUCAUAUCGACAAAGAAGCAGGAGGUUGAUGAGAUUUCGGAAUGGUAUGCACUGCAGAUUGGCAACCCUUUGACUGUUCUGUCGCAGGACAACGCGCGUCAGUUUCUCAACGCCGCAACGCCUGCCCAAAAGUACAAAUAUUUUGUAUCUGGUGUGCAACUGGAGCAACUAGACAACGAUUACAAGAUGUCACAGGACACACUUGACAAGACGCUCAUGCUCAGAGAUGACCUGACGUCAAAGAUUGAACAAGUUAGAAAAGAAAUGGAAGAAGCCAAACGUCUAUCCGAGACAGCACAAAAGAACAAGACAAUGCGCGAGAAAGCACGGCACUACAGAAAUCAACUGGUCUGGUUCCAGGUCGUGGAGCAGGAGCAGUCACUCGCCGAAUAUGAGAAGGACCUCGUGAGACGGGCCCAAACAAUCAUCGACAAGGAGCAGUAUUGCGAAACUACGACAGAAGAGCUCAGGGUGAUUGAAGAGAAGCUCGAACAACGCCGUCAAGCGAAGGAACAACUAGAACAAUACCGGGAGUCCUAUGAAGAAAACAUUGCUAAAGCGACGGAAGCACAUCGGGAAGCAGCAAAGGAUGAGUCUGAGUUACUCAUGGAGGAACGAGACGCCCAUCAGCGUCUCAAAACAAUUAAAGAUGACAUCAAGGCCUGCAAAUCCAAGAUUCAAGAGGAGGAACGCCGAUUGAGUCAGUCGACUGGAAACGCUAGAGCCGAAAAGGACAAUGAGCUCGAACAGGCCCGGGAUAAGGAAUUUUUGUUGAGGCAACAAAUGGAAGAGAUACACAAUAACCUUCCUGACUUCCAAGCUCGGCUCAGCGAAGCUGAACAGGACUCAAAGAAGCUUUCGCACAGCAAAGACAUCAAGCGUAAAGACAUCGUUUCUGUCGAGCAACAAGUCAGAGAACUCAAAGCAACAACAGGAGGUCGGUAUGAUGGCUACGACAAAGAGAUUCGUGAUGUGGUUAACGCAAUCGAAAAUGAGCGAGGGUGGGAACAGAAACCCGUCGGGCCUAUUGGAGCACACAUUCGAUUAUCAAAGCCCGAGUGGUCAGGCAUUCUGGAGCGUACUCUUGGCGAAGGACUUAAUGCAUUUGUUGUCAGGAGUAAAUCGGACCAAACAAGACUAUCCAAUUUGAUGCGUCGAUUCCGCCUCAAGAAACAACCACCAAUUUACAUUGCCUAUGGCGGCAAAAUCGACACAAGCAGCCAGGAGCCGGAUCCAGCCUUCGAUACCAUUCUUAGAGUUCUUCAAUUUGAUGAUGAUAUUGUCAGAUCCCAGCUCAUUAUUGGCAAUCAGAUCGAGAAGAUUAUUCUUAUUCGUGAUCGAGAAGAGGCUCAGAAAGUUAUGGUUGAAGGUGUUCCUCCGCGCAAUGUAGGGGCUUGUCUCUGUUUCCAUGACGGACAGGGUAAGCGAGGAUGGGGUCUCAGGCUCACGAAUCGUAACGGCUCAAUGGCAACAAGUCCUGUCCAGCCAUAUACUAUGCGGCCCCGAAUGCAAACAGAUGUCGGCCAACAGGUUCGGAUUCAAGAAGACAAUCUCAAACAUCUCGGUCAGGAGAUGGCCGAGGUCAGCCGAAGGGAGCGUCAGGCACAGCAGGCAGUUCAACGAUGCAGGGCGGAGCUUGACAAUCAACGCAAAGAUCACAGGAAGCUCGAAGGUGACCUUCGCCGAACACAAGCCGAUAUCGAGCGUAUCCAAAUGGAGUUGGAUGCGUUCGAAGGGGUCGAUGGUAGACUUAAUAUUCUUCGAACAGAGCUGGAGUCAAGGCGGUCCGAUGAGGAAUCCCUUGGAAAUCAGUAUGGCGAAAUGGCACUAUCGAAACGAGACCUGAAAGCCAAAACUGAGAAGGCUCGCCUGAAGCUUGAAGAAGCCAAGAAUGAUCAAGAGGAAUUCGAGGGCAAGGUUCAAAAGGCAUCCCAAAAGAUUGCUGCUGCUGAGAACAUGAGGCGAGUUUCUGUAGCCAAGAAGAACGACGCUUUCGAACAGGCCGAUAUUGAGAGGAACGAAAGGCGUCGCGUUGAGGAAAAGAGAGAACACAAGGCAACAGAGGUGGCGCAGUUCAUCGAGCAAGCGACAGAGGCAGUACCAGAGCGCGUGCACAUUCCGGACGACGAGACAUACGACAGCAUUGAACAAAAGUACACCAAGCUUAGAGAACAACUCAAACAACGGGAAGCGCGUAUUGGAGCUACGGACGACCAAAUAUUUGACCGUUCUAACGAAGCUGAAGAGCGAUACAGCAGCGUUCAGAGGCAAACCAAGGACUUGGACGACACUAUUGCUUCCCUGAAGCGUGCCAUCCAUAGCCGCCUGGAAAUGUGGCGCCAGUUCCAGCGACAGAUCAGCGCACGCAUUCGUAUCCAGUUUAACUAUCUUCUCAGCGAGCGAGGUUUUCGAGGUAAAAUUGACCUGGACCAUAGAAAUCGCAAGGUCCACGUCCAAAUUGAACCUGAUGAGACGCGCAAGAGCUCAUCGGGAAGAAACACAAAGACUCUUUCCGGCGGAGAAAAAUCAUUCUCGUCCAUUUGCAUGCUGCUGUCAGUUUGGGAGGCAAUUGGUUCUCCAAUUCGAUGUCUCGACGAAUUUGACGUGUUCAUGGACAACGUCAAUCGUGCUAUUAGCACAAACAUGCUGGUGGACGUUGCUCGUCGAUCGGUUUCGCGUCAAUACAUUCUGAUUACCCCUAAUGCAAUUGAAGGUCGGGCGAGGUUGGACAAGGACGUCAAGAUUAUUCGACUUACGGAUCCUCGACAACGAACACUUGAUGAGUUCCGCUAG